UGUUAUACAAUAAUAAUUACUGAAGAAUGUUUUGCUUGUGCGAAUUUUAAUAAAGAAGAGUUUUGCGUGUGCUCACAUUGUGGAUAAAAACGUUCUAAAGUAAUGAUAAAUAAAGCAUGAGGGUAAUAGCAAUGUUAUUAUAUCAUUCUACCUGUAAGACAUCGAAAUAUUGAAUACAAUGUAAGAUGGUUGUACUAUGGUUUUAGUGAUUACAUUUUAAUACCAAUUUGAAAUCCACGCGAUUUUGUGGAUAUAAACUGAAGUGGAUAUAAACUAAUAUUUACAUUUCAACUUCGGUUUUAGAAAACACUUUAUGUUAACAUUUAAUAUGUCAUCAAAUAAAGUUCAGUGCGACAUGUGCUGUAAGGAACAGGCAGUUGGAUACUGCAACACAUGUGGAAACAUUGGUGAAACGUGUGUCGGAAUUCACAACACAGGAAAGAUAUUCCAAACCCACAUUCUGAACAUCUAUGUAAAUGAUGAAAACAAUCGAAUGCAUAUUAUGUUUGAUAUCACAGGAGAGAAAUGUAAACACCACCUAACUGAAAAUACGUCAUUAUACUGUAGAGUUCAUGGAGUAAUGAUCUGUGGUCAAUGUUUUCGUUUGGAUCAUUGUUCAUGUGGUCAUGAGGUUGUUGAUUUGUAUCAAGAGGCAGGGCGUUUUGAUAAAGACCAGUAUAAUGCUAUGUUUGCAACUUUAAAUGAGAUACAAUCUGAAGCUCAGCGCGUGAAGGAAGAAGUUGAUAGUAAAAAAGAAAGAAGUAAUAAUCGUGCGGUUGAAUGCAAUAAAGAAUUGGAUGAUUUUGAAAAUAAACUUAAACGGAAAGUGGAAGAUUCCAUAAGCAGUUUUAGACAGGAAGUGAGUAAUUUAAACGACGAAAUCAUAGAAGCCUGUUCAUGCAUUUCAUCCAUUUGUGAGGAGAAAGUUGCAUGGGCUAUCAAAGAGAAAAGUCAACUCAAUGAGAUUGUGAAAAACUCGUUUUCAGGUCGCUUUUACCUAAUGAACCAAAAUUUUGAAAAGGAAAUUUCGGAGGUAAAGAGACAGAUCAAAGAAGUUGAAUACAAGCGUACGGUUAGACUCUUCCACUUAACGGAAAAUACGACUGCCUUUAAAUGCUUCAUAGAAGACUUAAAGGAUGUUUGUCAACUUCAGGAGGAAGUAGUUGGAAGCGACGAAGGAAACACAUACACAAUGGGGAAAGCAACUCAAGAAAAUCAAGAAACUCGUAAGGAUCUGAUGGAAGCAUUGAUCAUAUCAAAAGCUACUCGUAAGGAUCUGAUGGAAGCAUUGAUCAUAUCGAAGCUGGACGUAAAUACAGCAGAAGCUGCACGGCUGAAAGCAGAGGAGGAGUUAAAACGCACGGAAGAAGACUUGGCUUACUUUAUACAGGCACGGCUGAAAGCAGAGGAGGAGUUAAAACGCACGGAAGAAGACUUGGCUUACUUUAAACGGAUUAGUAGAUCCAAAAUAUUGGCCAUGCUGGAAACUCUUAUCUUGCCCACGGGACGAAACGUUGCGGGGGAGUUAAAACUAUGGAAAGGAUAUUUGGAUACUUCGAAGAAAAAGGAGGAAUCUUUGUCGUAA